AUGUAUGACAACGAAGAUGACCAAUAUGAAGAAGAAGAUAUCGAGGAAAUAUCUUCAGAGCUGUGGCAAGAAGCUUGUUGGAUUGUCAUCAACGCUUACUUCGAUGAGAAAGGCUUGGUGCGACAGCAGCUAGAUAGUUUCGAUGAAUUCAUUCAGAUGUCUGUGCAGCGGAUAGUCGAAGACUCUCCGCCUAUAGAGCUUCAAGCUGAAGCUCAGCAUUCAUCUGGUGAAAUAGAAACCCCACCACGAUAUUUACUAAAAUUUGAUCAAAUAUACUUGUCUAAGCCGACCCACUGGGAAAAAGAUGGUGCGCCAUCACCUAUGAUGCCAAAUGAAGCACGUUUACGCAAUUUGACUUAUUCAGCACCCCUUUAUGUCGAUAUAACAAAGACAAUUGUCAAAGAAAAUGAAGAUCCCAUUGAAACCCAACAUCAAAAAACUUUUAUUGGAAAAAUCCCCAUUAUGCUGCGUUCUACUUAUUGUCUGCUCAGCAAUUUAACUGACAGAGAUUUGACAGAAUUAAAUGAAUGCCCCUUGGAUCCUGGUGGUUACUUUAUCAUCAAUGGCUCCGAAAAAGUACUAAUUGCCCAAGAAAAGAUGGCAACAAAUACUGUAUAUGUAUUUAGUAUGAAAGAUGGAAAAUAUGCAUAUAAAACUGAAAUAAGAUCUUGUUUGGAACAUAGUUCUAGACCUACUUCAACAUUGUGGGUCAACAUGAUGGCAAGAGGAGGGCAGAGUAUCAAGAAGUCUGCUAUUGGUCAGAGAAUUAUUGCUAUUGUUCCAUACAUCAAACAAGAAAUACCAAUUAUGAUUGUUUUUAGAGCUCUUGGUUUUGUAGCAGAUAGAGAUAUUUUGGAACAUAUUAUCUAUGACUUUGAUGAUCCAGAAAUGAUGGAGAUGGUCAAACCAUCUCUUGAUGAAGCUUUUGUUAUCCAAGAGCAAAAUGUAGCUCUUAAUUUUAUUGGAGCCCGUGGGGCACGACCUGGUGUCACUAAGGAGAAGCGUAUUAAAUAUGCAAGAGAAAUUUUACAAAAAGAAAUGCUGCCACAUGUUGGUGUAUCUGACUUUUGUGAGACUAAGAAGACCUACUUUUUGGGAUAUAUGGUGCACAGAUUACUACUUGCUGCAUUAGGACGCCGUGAAUUAGAUGACAGAGAUCAUUAUGGUAACAAGAGACUUGACUUGGCAGGACCUCUAUUAGCUUUCCUGUUUAGAGGGCUGUUUAAGAACCUACUGAAGGAAGUGAGAAUGUAUGCACAAAAGUUCAUUGACAGAGGAAAAGAUUUUAACUUAGAAUUAGCUAUAAAAACUAAAAUAAUUACAGAUGGCCUAAGGUAUUCCCUUGCUACAGGCAAUUGGGGUGACCAAAAGAAAGCUCAUCAAGCAAGAGCUGGUGUAUCGCAGGUAUUGAAUAGAUUGACAUUUGCUUCAACCCUGUCACAUUUACGCCGUGUCAACUCUCCUAUUGGACGUGAUGGAAAACUAGCUAAGCCACGUCAGUUGCACAAUACACUGUGGGGAAUGAUCUGUCCAGCUGAGACGCCGGAAGGUGCUGCUGUAGGUCUUGUAAAAAAUUUGGCUCUGAUGGCUUAUAUAUCUGUUGGAAGUCAACCUUCACCUAUUUUAGAGUUCUUAGAAGAAUGGUCUAUGGAAAAUCUGGAAGAAAUAGCACCUUCUGCUAUUGCGGAUGCCACAAAAAUAUUUGUGAAUGGAUGUUGGGUGGGUAUUCAUCGUGAUCCUGAACAGUUGAUGGCAACCUUACGUAAACUGAGACGCCAGAUGGACAUCAUUGUGUCAGAAGUAAGCAUGAUUCGUGACAUUAGAGAUAGAGAAAUCAGGAUUUACACAGAUGCUGGUCGUAUUUGUCGCCCAUUAUUGAUUGUUGAAAAUGGGGCUUUAUUAUUAAAAAAGAAACAUAUUGAUAAUUUAAAAGAAAGAGAUUAUAAUAACUAUGGUUGGCAAAAUUUGGUGGCAAGUGGAGUUGUUGAAUAUAUUGAUACUUUAGAAGAAGAGACUGUGAUGAUUGCCAUGAGUCCUGAUGAUUUAGCUCAAGUAAAAGAGUAUGCUUAUUGCACUACUUACACACAUUGUGAAAUUCAUCCUGCUAUGAUAUUGGGUGUUUGUGCUUCCAUUAUUCCUUUCCCUGAUCACAAUCAAAGUCCCAGAAAUACUUACCAGAGUGCUAUGGGUAAACAAGCCAUGGGAGUUUAUAUCACUAACUUCCAUGUAAGAAUGGACACCCUGGCUCAUGUGCUGUACUAUCCACAUAAGCCACUUGUAACUACCCGUUCAAUGGAAUAUUUACGAUUCAGAGAAUUGCCUGCUGGCAUUAAUUCCAUUGUUGCUAUUUUAUGUUACACUGGAUACAAUCAAGAAGACAGUGUCAUUUUAAAUGCUUCAGCUGUUGAGAGAGGAUUUUUCAGAUCUGUGUUUUACCGUUCUUAUAAAGACUCAGAGUCUAAAAGAAUUGGAGACCAGGAAGAACAAUUUGAGAAACCAACAAGACAAACAUGUCAAGGAAUGAGAAAUGCUUUGUAUGACAAAUUGGAUGAUGAUGGUAUAAUUGCACCAGGGAUUCGUGUAUCUGGUGACGAUGUAGUCAUUGGAAAAACUAUAACUUUGCCAGAAAACGAUGAUGAGCUGGAAGGAACAUCAAGACGAUACAGUAAGAGAGAUGCCUCUACAUUCUUGCGAAACAGUGAAACUGGUAUUGUUGACCAAGUUAUGCUUACACUUAACAGCGAAGGAUACAAAUUUUGUAAAAUACGUGUGAGAUCUGUGAGAAUCCCACAAAUUGGAGACAAAUUUGCUUCUCGUCAUGGUCAAAAAGGGACUUGUGGUAUUCAAUAUAGGCAAGAAGAUAUGCCUUUCACUUGUGAAGGAUUGACACCAGAUAUUAUCAUCAAUCCACAUGCUAUCCCCUCUCGUAUGACAAUUGGUCACUUGAUUGAAUGUAUUCAAGGUAAGGUCUCCUCAAAUAAAGGUGAAAUAGGUGAUGCUACACCAUUUAACGAUGCAGUAAAUGUGCAGAAAAUCUCCUCACUUUUACAAGAAUAUGGCUACCAUUUACGUGGUAAUGAAGUGAUGUAUAAUGGGCAUACUGGACGAAAAAUAAAUGCUCAAGUUUUUCUGGGUCCCACAUAUUAUCAACGUCUGAAACAUAUGGUGGAUGACAAAAUUCACUCCAGAGCAAGAGGACCAGUGCAGAUUCUGGUUCGCCAACCCAUGGAAGGUAGGGCCAGAGAUGGUGGAUUACGUUUUGGUGAAAUGGAACGAGAUUGUCAAAUUGCUCAUGGAGCUGCCCAGUUUUUGAGAGAGAGACUGUUUGAAGUAUCAGACCCAUACAGAAUACAUGUUUGUAAUUUCUGUGGCUUGAUAGCUAUUGCCAAUCUGAGAAAUAAUACAUUUGAAUGUAAAGGCUGUAAGAAUAAAACUCAAAUAUCUCAAAUCCGACUACCAUAUGCUGCCAAAUUGCUAUUCCAAGAGUUAAUGUCUAUGAACAUUGCACCAAGGCUUAUGGUAGUUAGUUAA